AUGACCGCUGUGAAAGACUCUCAAUCUUUGAAUUCAAGUAUCAUCCGUAAGCGUCACGGUAUUAUCGCACAGAUGGAAACAUUGCUACAGUCAUGGUGUGAUAAUCAAGUAAGAGUGAAAAAUUGUCCUGUUGAUCAAAAUACAGUGUGCUUUCAAGCAAAGCAGAUUUUUGAAAAACUAAAAGAAGAAGCUGGGGAGGCGGCUGAAAAUGAAGUGUUUAAAGCUAGUAACGGCUGGUUCAGCCGAUUUAAGAGUCGUUGUAAUUGGCAUAGCAUCGCAGAGAGUGGAGAAGCGGCAAGCGCUGAUAAAGAAACUGCAUCUCUCUAUCCAGAAAAACUCAAAACAAUGAUAGAUGAAGGUGGCUACACUAGUCAAACUAUUUUCAACGUAGAUGAAACAGGUCUUUUUGGAAAGAAAAUGCCUAAAAGAACUUUUAUUGCGCGUGAAGAGAAAACUUUUCCAGGUUUUAAAGCCGCCAAGGAUCGAUUAACAGUGAUGGUUGGUGCGAAUGCAGCUGGAGAUUGUAAAUUAAAACCUCUCUUAGUUUAUCGCUCAGAAAAUCCAAGAGCCUUAAAAAAUAAAUCUAAAGCUGGUUUGCCUGUCAUUUGGAAGUCUAAUGCAAAAGCUUGGGUGACAGCUUCUCUUUUUGAAGACUGGUUUGGCCAUCAUUUUAUUCCUGAAGUCGAACGUUACUGCCGAUUAAAAGAAAUCCCAUUUAAAGUGAUGCUACUAAUUGACAAUGCGCCAGGUCAUCCUCCCGCAACUCUAAUUAAUUUCGAUCCACGUGUGGAAGUUGUAUUUUUGCCACCAAACACUACCAGCUUGCUUCAACCAAUGGACCAGGGAGUCAUUAAAACAUUUAAAGCUUACUACACAAGGCGGUCAUUUGCACAUCUACAUGAAGCUAUGAGACAAAACAAUGAGCUUUCUGUUAAAGACUUUUGGAAGCAAUUCAAUGUUUUAGAUGCUGUAAGAAUUAUUGGACAAUCUUGGAAUGAGGUUUCACAAAAAACUCUCAAUGGAGAAACCAUUUCAGAUCCUGAACAAAUCGAUAGCAUAAUAGAAGAAGUGGUCGAUAUCGCCAAGCAAUUAAAUUUAGAGGUCGAUAAUGAUGACGUUCAAGAAUUGCUAGAUUCACACAAUCAAGAGCUAACAAUUGACGAGGUUAUAGAAAUGCGUAAGUAUGAGCAAGAUAUUGACCAAACUGAUUCGCUAGACCCAGUUGAAUCGGUAAAUCAAAUGACAAUUGCAAACUUAACAGAAGGGCUCAAUUCAAUUGAAAAGGGGUUACAAAUUUUAGAAAAAAUUGAUUCUAAUGAAGAACGCAUUUCUACUACAAAACGAGGGAUAAAAAAAUUACUGGUAUGCUACGAGGAAAUUUUACGUGAAAAGAAGAAAAAUUUAACUCGUCAGGCAACACUGUUAGAAUAUAUGAAGCCUUCGACAUCAAAAUAA